GCCCAAUAAAAUCUCCUCUGAGGUUUAAACGGGAUUCAGUGAGAGUGACUUUACUUCUAGGGUUUUCCAUUUCCUCUUCCUCACCGUCAGAGUCUAACGUACAGGCGAAGUUCAAAGAUGAGCCGGCAUCCUGAGGUGAAAUGGGCCCAAAGGGCAGACAAGGUCUAUGUUACAGUUUUGUUACCCGAUGCAAAAAAUCCAAAAGUGAAUCUUGAGCCAGAGGGUGUGAUUACAUUCUCGGCCACAGCUGGGGCAGAAGACCGUCUCUAUGAGUUCAAACUUGAGCUUCAUGACAAAGUUAAUGUUGAGGAGAGCAAGAUUAAUAUUGGUGUGAGAAACAUUUUCUGUGUUUUGGAAAAAGAAGAGAAGAAAUGGUGGAACAAACUAUUGCGUGCGGAGGGCAAGCCACCGCACUAUGUGAAAGUAGAUUGGGACAAGUGGGUGGAUGAAGAUGAAGACAAUGGUCCUCCAAGUGAUUUUGACAUGGGCGGGAUGGAUUUCUCGAAAUUUGGUGAUAUGGGUGGCAUGGGCAUGCCCGGCAUGGGCGGCAUGGGCAUGCCCGGCAUGGGCGGCAUGGGCAUGCCCGGCAUGGGCGGCAUGGGCAUGCCCGGCAUGGGCGGCAUGGGCAUGCCUGGCAUGGGCAUGGGAGAUGAUGCCAUGGGGAAUGACUUUGAGGACAGUGAUGAUGAAGAGCAAGCCACUAAGCCUGAAGAGAGCGCUCCCGAGACGAUAGUUGAGAAACCUAAAGUCGAGGGUGUGCCUGCAGAAGGGAAAGCGGAAGCAUCAUGAAAGCUGCAAGAGUGAAAUAACUGCGACUUUUAAAGCUGCUUUGCAUUGGAAUUUGUCAGCUGGAUGAUAAGUUGUGUGGUAGUUUCAUGUUAAAAGAGUUUACACCUUUAUCCACUUUGGAUAGAAACUAUUGUGUUACUCUCCAGCGCGGGUGUUUGUAUUCUUAAAGAUUGUUGUUUUAUACCCAUUUUAAUUUUUAAUCUAAAGUAUGAUACACAACGUGAA